CUCUCCAAGUUGCCAAAAACAGAGUUUCAGAGAGAUAUUUUCUUUCUUCUCCAAAAAAAAAAAAAACCCAGAGAGAGAGACUUUCUUUAUGGCUAUGGAGAAGGAUAGGGAGAGUCAUGUUUACGGGGCCAAACUUGCUGAGCAAGCCGAAAGAUAUGAUGAAAUGAUUGAAGUAAUGAAAAAAGUUGCUAAGCUGGAUGUGGAAUUGACCGUGGAUGAGCGAAAUUUGUUGUCUGUUGGGUAUAAGAAUGUGAUUGGGGCAAGAAGGGCAUCAUGGCGGAUACUGUCUUCCAUUGAACAGAAGGAGGAGGCCAAGGGAAAUGAGCAGAAUGUGAAGCGAAUAAAGGAGUACAUGCAAAGGGUUGAAGAUGAGCUUGCAACUAUUUGCAAGGACAUGUUAUCAGUGAUUGAUUAUCACCUCCUCCCUUCUUCAUCAACCGGGGAAUCGACUGUAUUCUACCAUAAGAUGAAAGGAGAUUACUAUCGUUAUUUAGCUGAAUUCAAAGCAGGUGAUGAUCGUGCAGAAGCUGCUGAUCAGUCGCUUAAAGCCUACGAGGCUGCCAGUAGUAGUGCGGCCUCUCAGUUGCCCCCAACUCAUCCAAUCAGACUGGGCCUUGCUCUGAACUACUCAGUCUUUUACUAUGAAAUUCUUAAAUCCUCUGAGAGGGCAUGCGAUCUUGCUAAGCAGGCAUUUGAUGAUGCCGUUGCUGAGGUUGACAGUCUUGAUCAAGAAUCCUACAAGGACAGCACCCUCAUUAUGCAGCUUCUUAGGGAUAAUCUCACAUUGUGGAACUCGGAUCUGUCGGAGGGAGGAGGUGAGCACCCUAAGGUUGAUCAAUCCCAGCUGGAGAAAUAGAUGGGAUGGUAAGCAACUGUUUGGGGCUGGCUUUGUCCAUGGAGCAAUGUUGGAUUACCAAGUUUGUAAUACAGGGAUAGCGACUAAUAGCUUGUAUUUCCUAUUAAACAUAACAAAAUCCACAACAUUUGUGAUCCUGGUGGAUUUUUGUAGCCCCGUGGUUAACCUCAUAUAAGCUGUUUGAUCUAUAAUAUACGUGCGUUUAUGCUUUGCAUUUA